AUGGAUCACCAGGAGGACACAGAACCUGAUGAGCAUUUCACUAAAAUCAAAAUUGAGGAAAGUGUCCAGAACAAAAUUCGAAGGGAAAAUGCAUCCUUUGGGCGAGAAGGUAGCUGUAACUAUCCAGAAAAGAUUGAAGAUGUCAAUUCCAUCUUGUUCAAGAAAGCGCUGGAAGAAGUUGAUAAGUGGCCCUCAUCAUCUUUGGAAGGAGAGAAAAAUCUCAUUUUGCUGAAGACCGUGCAUUUGAAAACAGAGAAAGAUAAUAUCCAGGGGGCUUAUUUAACUGAACACCCAGUGGUACUGCACACUAUGUUGCGAAGAGAGACGGGCUUCAUCCACUCGUUGGCGAGAAUGCCAGAUAGCAUAGAUAUUGAGGAGAACCCAAGGAAAGUUUUGGCAAUAAGUUUGCCAGAAGACAUUUAUGUGUUCCAUGAGAUGGAAGUGAUCAACGGUCCAAAAGAAACACUAGGAUUUCACGAGGAGAGCUGGUCAAUUGUGAAGGAUCCAAAUAUUCCUGGGAUUCGGAUUGAUAGAGAAGAAAAUAGAGAUGGAAGCAGGGACCAGCAGCUCCUUGUAGCUGAAGAGGGAAGGAUUGUCUCUCUGCCUGACUCCAAAGCAGCGAAUAUUCUAAAUGGAGCCACGCUGUUGCACAAUUCUGAAAAUAAAGCCCAGACCAAGGACAGCGUAUCCCAACCUCCUGUUGCAAUAAGCCGUGACGUUUCUUUAGAGAUCCAGGAGGACAUAGUCCAGCAAGGGAAAGCCAGCAGCUUUCUUUCAGGAAGCAUUCAGCAACACUGCAGUCUGUGUCUGUUCACCACAUUCAGUCUGUCUGGCCUUAAACGCCACAUGAAGAAACAUUCCCACGAAAAGCCACACCAGUGUCACAUCUGUCUUAAAGCUUUCCGUACCCUUUCUCUGUUGCGCAACCACGUGAACACCCAUACAGGGACCAAACCACACAAGUGUAACGAAUGUGAUAUGGCCUUUGUGACAGUGGGGGAACUUUCCCGCCACAAGCGAUAUAAACAUACUCUGGAGAAGCCCUUUAAAUGCUCCAUCUGUAACUACUGCAGCGUAGAGGCCAGCAAACUGAAGCGUCACAUUCGCUCGCAUACAGGAGAGCGUCCUUAUAGUUGCACGGUGUGCUCCUAUGCUAGUAGGGACACUUACAAAUUGAAAAGACAUAUGGUAACUCACUCAGGUGAAAAACCCUUUGAAUGUGUGAUUUGCAAAGCCAGAUUCACACAGGCUGGGACGCUGAAGUUCCAUGUUUUGCAUAAACAUGGGAAAAAUGUACCAAAAUACCAGUGUCCACACUGUGCCACAUCCGUUGCCCGGAAAGGUGAUUUAAGUAUCCACUUGCGAAACCUGCAUUCUUACAUUGAGAUACCGGUCAAGUGCAAUUAUUGUGAUAGUGCCUUCCACGAGCGUUACGCUCUGCAACAACACAAGAAGAUACAUAGAAAUGAAAAGAAAUUCAAGUGUGAUCAAUGCAGCUACACGUGCAAACAGGAACGCCACAUGAUUGGGCACAAGCGGACGCACACCGGCGAGAAGCCUUUUGUUUGUCUCUCCUGCAACAAGGGCUUCCGGCAGAAACAGCUCUUAACCAUUCACUUCAAGAAACACCACGACUCCAGCUUUGAGCCAAAGGUCUAUGCAUGUCCCAAGUGUGGCAAGGGCUAUUCCCGUUGGAAUAACAUGCUCAAGCAUAAUGAAAAAUGCAGAGAGAGAAGAGCUGUUGAAAGCUCCCCAUCCUGCAAAGCAAACAAGAGGAAGAAAAGAGAAAGGAGAAGUCAUCCUGUGGCCAAACAAGAAGGUAAUGAAUGAGAUGAUCACAGAGAAACACAGCAAGAAGAAGAGUUCUUGUUUUUUGACAAG